ACCCAGGCUUAUGAUGAUUCUUUUUUCCUUACAUAAACCUAUAAUCUGGGCCCACUACCACGUCGCUCGUAGAUGGCGAUGAAUUCGAAGAGGAAAACACCACCUGGGAUUGCGCUUCUCAGGAGAGUCAGAGGAAGAAAUUGGAGUCCAAAAACGUUUCGGUACGCGAUUUUGUUGAUUACUUUCAUUGCGUAUGCUUGUUACCAUGCUUCUCGUAAACCAAGCAGCAUAGUGAAGAGCGUUUUACACCCAGACUCAAGCACUAAGCCACCUCAAGAACACAACAGCAACAAAAUUUAUCCUUGGCCUAUGGGCAACGUGUUUGUGAAGAGAGAAAUUGGUGAUAUAGAUGAGGUUUUGUUACAUCGUAAGUCUAAAGGAUGGGAACCGUUUAAUGGGAAAGAUGGGACGUCUAGGUUGGGAGAGAUUGAUGUGGCGUUUCUUGCUUGUUACUCUAUAGGAAUGUAUGUUGCUGGACAUUUGGGUGAUAGUUUGGAUCUGAGAUUGUUUCUCACUUGGGGAAUGAUUGGGAGUGGGUUUUUUGUUGGCUUGUUUGGUAUGGGUUAUUUCUGGAACAUUCAUGCGUUUUGGUUCUUUUUGGUUAUGCAAAUGGCGGCUGGGUUGUUUCAGGCGACUGGAUGGCCAUCUGUUGUGGCUGUUGUUGGUAAUUGGUUUGGGAAAAGGAAGAGAGGUCUUAUAAUGGGGAUUUGGAAUGCUCAUACUUCGGUUGGGAACAUUUGUGGUUCUUUGAUUGCGGCUGGUGUUCUUGAGUAUGGUUGGGGAUGGUCUUUUAUAGCUCCUGGUUUUGUGAUGUCUUUAGGAGGAGUUAUUGUUUAUUUGUUCUUGGCUGCGUAUCCUGAGGAUGUUGGGUUUCCAGAUAUCAAUUCUAAUUCAGGGAAGUUUAUUAAGAGGAAGCGAGAUGUUGAAGAAGAAGAAGAGGAAGUAGAAGAAGGUUUAGGGACAGAUGUUGAAGGGGAAGGGGAGGGAUCAUCAGGGUCAGGUUCAGGGUAUGAGAAUAAAAGAAGUGUUGGGCUUUUGCAAGCUUGUAUGAUUCCUGGUGUUAUACCGUUUGCGUUGUGUCUCUUCUUCUCGAAGCUGGUCGCGUACACGUUCUUGUACUGGUUACCGUUUUACCUUAGCCAAACAACUAUUGGUGGAGAGUACGUAUCUGUGAAAACAGCAGGAAAUCUUUCCACACUAUUUGAUGUUGGAGGCAUUGUAGGAGGGAUUCUUUGUGGUUACAUUUCAGACAAAUUCAAAGCAAGGGCUACAACUGCAGCAGCAUUCAUGUACGCUGCGAUUCCAGCAAUGCUUGUGUACCAUUCUUAUGGAGGUGUCUCUCAGACAGUCAACAUCCUCCUCAUGAUGGUUGCUGGUUUGUUUGUCAAUGGUCCUUAUGCACUCAUCACAACCGCAGUCUCAGCGGAUCUUGGAACCCACAAGUCUUUACAAGGCGAUUCAAGGGCGCUUGCAACUGUGACUGCUAUCAUUGAUGGGACUGGAUCUGCUGGUGCGGCUUUAGGUCCGCUUUUGACAGGGUUUCUUUCGACCAUGGGCUGGCAAGCUGUGUUCUAUAUGUUGGUCGUUGGAGCUCUAUGUGCUGGUUUGCUUUUGACCCGUCUGGUUAUUGCUGAAAUUAGAGAGAAACUUGGAUAUGUUGAUGAAGUUCCUGCGUCUGAACCACUGUUAACAGACAGAAGAUGAUGGAGAAGAGAGCAGCGAGAGAGUCAGUGUGAACAGAAUCCAUUGUUUGCGCAAGAGUUUUGUUCUGUUAUAUAACUAUGAGUUUGCCAGAGGAACUCACAGUUCGUUGUAUUCUGU